GAAGGAACAAGGCAAAGUACAAUCCGCUUUAUUCAAACUAGACAGUGUUGACAAAAUCAAGAUAAGUACCCACUUAUUGACACUAACAUUAGCCUCUUAACUUUGAAAAACUCAAGUAUCUCUCUCUUCCCCCCCCUCUCUCUCCACGCCUCUGAAGAAAAGUAGAAACAUGAGGAGCUCAAUGCUCUCUUUUUAACAACGCAACCCUUUCCGCAGUCUCCAAAUCUUUCUAGUCCUAGUGGCCUCGUUUUGGUCUCUGCAAAGGCUUAAGAGAAAGGUCUCUGUAAGGGCUUAAGAGAAAGGUCAUGGGUAACGGAUACAACCACCAUCUCCAUCACCAAAACAUUCACCCCCAACACAAGAGCACAUUCUUGCCUAUGUUAUGUUCAAGACCAACCAUCAAAGAUGUGACUCUUCCAAAAUGGGAAGACCGAUCCAUGUCCAUCUCUAGUUCUGACCCUUUAUCUCCAAAGAUCGGUUGCAUGGGGCAGGUCAAGAGAAACAACAAGAUAGUUGGCUUCCCCACUUCUAACAAGUUCACAGUCACCACCAAGAUUUACAACGGUGCUAAUGUCAAGUACUCCAGGCUCAAGAGGAUCUUCUCUGGCAAGAAUCUUACUAGCGCCACCGUCUCAAUAGCAACUAGUACUGCUCAUAGAAGAAGAGAGGUGAUGAUGAAUGGUGCUAGUGGGGCCAAGAUUGAUGAUACUAAAGAGAAUUCUGUUUCAGUUAGCAUAGAGAAUAUGGAUCCUCCUUUGCCUGUAGUUAAGAGAGUUCAACAACCAACAGAAGAUGGAGAAGCGAACAGUCUUUGGAAGAGGAGAUCUGGUGGGCUAGCAUUGAAGAAUUUGCAGCUGCAAGAGAUUCAACUUAAUAGAAGUAGUCUUGCACCAACCACUGUUUGAUGAGCAACUCCAAGCAGCAGGGGGAGGUAAUAUAAAGCAAACGUAGAAAAUGUAUAUGGUUACUGUAUUCUAAGUCCAAUUUUGGUGUUAUUAAUUUCUUUAUUGAUCCGUGUUGUAAAAGCAAACACAGUAAGGUGGUGAUGUUAAGGAUGUAUAUGGAUUUUCUAUCUAUCAAUGGUUAGAUCUAUACCCUUCUCGCUGCA